AUGUCGGAGGACGCCGACGUUCAGCAGCCCGCUCCAUCCCAAACAACAGCGACCACCGUUCCGCGAAAGAAACGCAAGAGAAAAACCACGGGCGGUGGAGCGGCCGAUGACUGUUUUACAUGCUCCAGCACCGGCCUGAGUUGUGAUCGUCGUCGUCCGUACUGCAGCCAGUGCCUCGACCAUGGCAGAGAUUGCUCCGGUUACAAAACAACCCUGACCUGGGGCGUGGGAGUCGCCAGUCGAGGCAAACUGCGUGGAUUGUCGCUUCCAGUAUCCGAUGACACGCAAUCAACAUCGCCGCCGUCGCCUGUAACGAAUCCCCUCAAGCAGAGCACCGUUGCGACCACCACCACCAUCACCACCACCACCAACAAGGCCAGAGCGUCACCCUCCAUUCAGAAAUCUCCCCGGAGGAAGGCUUCUUCGAAGUCGCCGGCGGUCAUCGCCCCAGACCACAAAUCACCCGAACAACCUACCGCCAAUACAAUAAACGGAGCGCAUCAGCAAGCGUCGAAUUGGCGACAUCCAGCACAUCCAUACCCCACAGUAAUUACAAUACCGGAAGUGGUCUACUCCGACAGUCAUCAUAACCGCACUGUGGGUGAUGGGUCGUUGGUUACAUUACAAUUUCCAACAGACGGCCCAAUCUAUAUCUCUCAGGCACCAGGACUACUACCGUCGACGUCGUCAGCAACACAACAAGCGUGGCGGGUCCCUUUAAAUACUACCGUUUCUCCAUACCCUGCGGUCAAUAAACAACAUCAUGCGAACUAUCAUCAUGGCCGACAUCCACGCCCUCAAACUGGGUUCUAUACAUGGCCACCGCCGAUUACAGGCAAACGGCGCGCGUCGUCAAUGGAAGGCGAUGAAGACAUUCUGCCAAAAGAAGAAGACUCUCUCAUUUCUCCAGUGUACUCGGAAUCAGUAUAUAUGGAUCAAUUCCCAGUCUUUGGUUAUCAACAAAAUCAAGAUCCAUGGAGCUUUUCAGCAAGUCCCUUUGCAAACUCAUUGCCAGAUCUACUACUGGAACAAUCAGUUGGACGCACCCCUCGGAUGCGAUACUUAAUCAGCUACUUUGCGGAAGUGAUUGCUCCAGUCAUAGUCGCCUUUGACCGGCCUAGCAAUCCAUAUCGAACGCGAAUUCUACAAUUGGCACACCAUAGUGACACCCUACAACACGCCAUUGCAGCUUUAUCGGCCAGCAAUAUACGCCAAAGACGAGAAGAAAAGAUUUUGUCUACCGAAAGGACAGAACAGGCCCGAAAGUCAUCCAUGGCCCAUCGGGCGUUGACGGACGUGUCGUUUCAGGAACGGCAUGGAAUACUAGACUUUGGAAGAGAUAAUCGCGAAGAAGUUUUUCACAAGUCUAUGGCAAUCAAAUCGCUCAAUGCAUUGCUCGCAGAUCCGUCUAAACGACAUCAUGAUUCAGUUCUGGCGUCUUUACUGAUACUCUGCUUAUUCCACGUCUGUGAAACCGGCGUCGCGCAGUUUCAAACCCAAUUCGCGGGCGUUAGGAAGCUUCUAGCUAUGAGACAUCGCAUGAAUAUGCCAGAAUCAGAAGAGGCCAGAUGGUGCACGAGGAUGUUCACCUGGUUCGAUGCCAUGACUGCUACUAUCAACAAUAGGGAAGGUCAACUGCAAGGUCUAUACCUGGAUAUGACUUGUGCGUCUGAUGAGGAGUGGGCCAUGGAGAACUUGGCCGGCUGCGACGGACGAUUAUUCAAAGUAAUGGCCCGGCUAGGACGCUUAAAUAUGCUGAGUCAAAAUCGGGAUGUUGAUCCUUCGUAUAACAUUGACAUGCCUGCAGCGAUGCCCGUGGUUCCUCCUGCUUUAUCUCAUUACACCCCGAACGGAAUGAAUGCAGCCUAUGCGGCAACCCUCUAUGCUCACCCUCAAGCGGCACAAUGGGGCAAUCCUGAAUUCUGGGCUGAAUGGCACUCAAUUCGCCAACAACUGGAAAGUUGGCGACUUGAUCCUACACAAUUUGCUGGCACGUACGAUGCCUACCAACACACUCAAUCACCUCCCAAUUCUUGCGGUUCGCUAUCAGCAAGCUCCGGCUCCACCAUGAUGUCUUCGCCGGCGACGCCGAACUCGAGUGUAACAGUGGCACCAAAUAACCUUGCUGAUCUGUCCAACAUCUCUGAAGCAUUCCGAUAUGCGGCGUUGCUUUACACUGAACGUCUCGCACAUCCAGACAUACCAUCGACGCACCCACGAAUACAAACGUUUGUUCUUACCGCGAUGCACUAUAUCGCUGCGGUCCAGUCAGAUGUAUAUUUACUAUGGCCGUUAUUCAUUACGGGCUCAGAAUGUGUAUAUGAAGAGCACCGUACAGCAAUCCGCAACCGUUGUAAGGAUAUCCAGAAUGACUCUGGUUUCUACAACAAUAUAUCCUGUCUCGAGCUGCUGGAAAAGAUCUGGGUCCAAAAUCCACCCGUGACCAACCAGCAACAACAGCACCUCUCUGUACCAUAUCAGACUCAUCAGAAUCUUUAUCCGAAUCAUGGUUACUUGGGCACCCCUGUGUCGAAUAUGCGUGCUCAGACGCAAACUCCUGGCUCCGUAUCCAACAGGAGUCCACAAGAUGGUAUUGGGUUCAGAUGGCGCAGUAUCAUAGAAGGAGAGGGAGUAGACGGGGAAUACAUGGUACUAUAA